CAGGAGGGAGUCCCUAACGUGGGACGAGGUCGCAGCACGCAUGCGGAGGCUGGCACAGGACACACUUUGGCGGUGGCGGACAUAGGUAAUGGCCCCGUCGGUCCCCGGGCAGUGGACGGUGGACGCGGUCAGGCCGGUCUUUCGGAAGUGGGUGAGGCGGCGGUUCGGGCCGCUGACCUUUCAGUUGGUGCAGGUGCUUUCCGGACAGGGGUGCUUCGGUAAGUACCUGCACCAAAUCACGACACGGGAGGCGAUUCCAGCCUACCAUGAGUAUGGGGCACCCCCAACAUUGUGCCGGGGCCCGGAGGUUUCGUCCAGGUCUACCGCCGGGGCGAGGUAGCGAAUGCUAGCGCGACCCCAUCUCGUCCCACUCAGACGGACGACUUGUCACACGUGGUGUUUUUUUUAGUCAGUAGGAGUCUGACGUAACCCUUUGGCGCCCCCGCGCCGGAGGGUAUCCAUGAUGGAUUUUCUCCACGUAAAAAAGGCAAGGCUGUAUAGAAUAACAUAUAUAUUUAGAAAAGUUUUGAGUUGAGUGAUUAAAUCGUAUACCAACGAUCAAUCAACGGCUUCAGUAGUUUUAUAUUGACUAAUUGACCCGCGAAAAUCGCGUUGUUAUAGUUUUUUUCGUAAAAAUAUUGAUAUCUUUCAUAUCUAAAAAUCUUGUCCUGAAAAUAAUGAAUACAAAAAAAAGAAUUAUCGUGGGUUGGUGACGUUGGUUUGUUGCACCGAAGACGCUGUUGACGCCUGAUUACUAAUAUCGAGCAAUUUUUUGCAUCAGAACUUUGAAAUUACUCUAAAGAAGAAAGAAACUAACCGUAUGAACUAAAGCACUAAUCAUAUAAUUACUCUUUUUCAAUAAUUUUUUGUUGCUUAAGUUAGAUAAAUAAAACCUUUUUUGUUCGUUGUGUACAUCUAUAUCUUUGUGUUUAAUCUUUGACUCAAGUAGAAAAAGGUGUUAUUUGUCAAUUUACAAAUAUUAUUUGUCAAUAUCGAAUUGUUCUAAAAAUUAUUGAAUAAAAAUAGACAUGUUAAUCAAACGCAUAUGCAAAUUAGGAAGUCUUAAAAGUGUAUUAAAAAUAUGGACGGUAUCAGGACAUACUGAAACAUGUCCCACACAUAAAAAGCAAGCAGCUGGUUCCACAGCUUCAUCUCCUACAACAACUAGCACUACAUCUAUUGGUUUUAAACGACCUCUAAAAUCAGGUAAAGUUCGAAUGGGAUUCAUACCAGAAGAAUGGUUUUUGUUUUUUCACUCUAAAACUGGUGUUAGUGGACCAUACGUUUUCGGAAUAGUCCUCACAAACUAUUUAUUGAGUAAGGAAAUUUAUGUUUUAGAUCAUGAAUAUUAUACUGGACUAUCUGUUUUUCCUAUAAUGUAUUUCCUCUCAACCAGACUUGGUCCACAUUUAGCCCGCAUUCUCGACAAGGAGGUUGACGAAUAUGUUGAUCAGCUUGAAAAGGGAAGAAAAGAUGAAAUGGACGGUUAUGAAAAACUAAUUAAAGACUCUAAAGACGCACAGUGGAGAGCCGAAGGACAAAAAGUGCUGAUGGAUGCUAAAAAGGAAAAUAUAGAAAUGCAACUAGAAGCCGCCUAUCGGGAAAGGCGCAUGCAGGUAUAUCAUGCUGUGAAAGGACGUCUCGAUUAUCAUGUGAGACUUCAAAAAGCCAAAAACAGGAUACAUCAAAAGUGGAUGAUUGAUUGGAUAAUAGAAAAUGUAAAAAAAUCUAUUACUCCUGAAUUUGAAAAGGAAGUGCUACGUAAGGCAAUUCAAGACAUAGCUGUUAUUACUGCAAAGUGAUAAGGCAAUUCUAAUGUUAAAUAUUUUUUUUUAAUUAUGGUUGAUUUACCGAGGACAGUGGAAGCCUUUAAAUAUAAAUAAUUUUUCAGUUGUAUGAGAUUAUAAAUAUUUGACUUAGAAAAUAGAAAUUUAUUUAGGUAAAUAAAAUCCACAAAUAAAUACGUUCCGAAGUCUAUUUGGUUUUAAUAAUAAACGUUACGGUCGUGGAAAUUGAAUAGAUCGCUAUUUUAUCGAUAUUAAAAUUUUGAAUUGUGUUGUUUGAUUGAACGAUAAAGUGGAAUUGACAUGCUUCGGUGGCCCAGAAUAUUUAAAAUUUUGAUUAUUUAUUCUUAUGUACGAAAUGUGAAACUACAAAAUUUUACUACUACAACCACUACAACAGAGGGUAUUCAAAACUAAAUAUUUGUCUCAUAUUUUUUAAAAGUUUUAAGCAUUAUUUAGUCUAUAAGUUAAAGUGUUAAUGUAUUUGUUAACAAAGAGAAACAAGAUAUUUCGUCUGUUAUUCUAUAUGCAGCACUUUAGAUAGAGGUGAUUCAAUGGAUUUUGUCUUUCAACAAUAUAUAUUAUCUAAUAUUAUGCUAUACGAAACUUCGUACAGCAAUUACUGUUAAUUAGUAGUAUUUAUUAAUUGUAAAAAUUAAUAGAAAUAAAUUAAAUGUUAUUCAAAAUGCAGACGGGGGAUACCAGUACGGUAUUUGGAUAAAAUAUAACUAAGUUUUGAGAAAA